UCUCUCUUCUUUCUCUCUGUAUGCUUUUCUCUCUCUACACACAUCCCUCUCUCCGUCUCUCUCAUCGUCUGUUCGCCUUCUUGGAUAACAGCGUGGGCCUAUUGCCCUAUUUUGGUAACCUGUUUCUUCAAUCGCUUAUAUGACCAACCCUCUUUCAAACCCUAAUCUUCCUUUUUCAUUGGUUUUCUGGACGGGGCAUCCUUUGAGAUUUUGAUUCCAAAUCAUCCACAUAUGUUUGUUUGGAUUUCGUGGUGUUACUGUUCCGUUUCAAUUCCCAUUGAUUGAAGUUCUGGGGUUUGAACCGAUUCUGGGGCUUUCUGAUAGGUUUUUCUGGGUUUGAUUUGGGUGUCAUGGCGAAGGGUACUGAUUCAGAGGAGUUUGUGGUGUUGUCUCGGGUUCGGCCGGGCUGCAAACGGGAGUUUGCCUUUGCAGUGAAGGCUCAAUCAGCGAUCGCUGGAUCUUUGGGCCGGACUCGGACUCGGAACGAUAGGGGUGGGCUUUGGGGCAAUGGGGGCUCAGAGAUUUCGAAUAAUAAGAGGCAAAAGAGCUCGGUUUCCAACUCAGAGAAAAAUAAUGCGGAGGAAAGAUCUGCUGAAGAUGGAAUCAGGAGCAAUGAAGCAGAUUCGAUGGACAAUGAGGCGGUGAGAAGCAGGGACGCGGAGCAGGGGAACCAUCCGGCGGAUAAUCCGAUGCAUACUGCUGGUGUUGGUGAACUUAAGAGCUGUCCGGGGGGCGAAGAGGAGUCUAAGGAUGAUACGCCGGCUCCAAUGCAUAGAGAGGAUGCAGAGAUUAGUGAAACUCAAAAUGCCGAUGUAGUGGAGAAUGCAACUUCGGAUCAACGGCCGAGGAGAGUUUCUGAAACUGAUUUGAUGCCCAAUGCCGAUACUAUGGAGAUCUCUGCUGUCAACAAUGGUGAGGAGAAUACAGGGACGAAGAGGAGUAGUGGCUUGGUGCCUCGAGUUCCAAGGCGGUUCCCGGCAAAAUUAAAGGAGCUUCUUGACACUCGUAUCCUCGAGGACUUACCUGUGCAGUACAUUCGAGGCUCAAGAACGAGAGGAAGUGGAGAAUCAGGGCUUCGGGGUGUGAUAAAGGGCUCUGGGAUCCUCUGCUCUUGCAAUUCUUGCAAGGGAACAAAAGUUGUCACACCCAACCUAUUCGAGCUGCAUGCUGGUAGUUCAAAUAAACGUCCCCCUGAGUACAUUUACCUUGAGAACGGGACUUCCCUCCGCGGUGUAAUGAAUGCAUGGAAAAAUGCUGCAUUGGACUCUUUGGAUGAAGCCAUAAGAGUGGCCAUUGGUUGUUCAAUGAUAAAGAAAUCCACAUUCUGUCUGAACUGUAAAGGUCGUAUUUCUGAAGCUGGCAUUGGGAAUUCAAAGGUUUUAUGUUUAUCUUGUUUGCAAUUAAAGGAGUCUCAAGCCAGCCCUUCUCAAGUGACUGGUAGUAGUGAUAGUCAUCUCAGGUCACCAAAACCAAGUACAAUAUCAAGGUCAGCUGAGAGUGUGUCAAAGUGCAGCUCAUCAGGAAGUAAGAGUUAUGGGAGGGUAACUAAAAAAGAUCUGAGCUUGCAUAAAUUAGUUUUUGGAGAAAAUGGCCUGCCUGAAGGAACAGAAGUGGGUUAUUAUGUUCGUGGACAGCAAUUGCUGGUUGGCUACAAAAGGGGUUCUGGAAUCUUUUGUACUUGCUGUAACUCUGAGGUCAGUCCAUCACAAUUUGAGGCUCAUGCUGGUUGGGCAUCACGCCGCAAACCUUACCUGCAUAUUUACACAUCUAAUGGGGUGUCUCUCCACGAAUUCUCAAUCUCUCUAUCAAGAGGCAGAGAGAUUUCUGUCAGUGAUAAUGAUGAUCUCUGCAGCAUAUGCCUAGAUGGAGGAAACCUUUUGUGUUGUGAUGGAUGCCCAAGGGUCUUUCACAAAGAAUGUGUGUCACUGGCAAACAUCCCCAAGGGCAAGUGGUUCUGCAAAUUUUGCAAUAAUAUGUUGCAAAAAGAAAAAUUUGUAGAACAUAAUGCCAAUGCUGUGGCUGCAGGAAGGGUAGCAGGUGUGGACCCAAUCGAACAGAUUACAAAACGAUGCAUUCGCAUUGUAAACACUCAAGUUGAUGAAAUGGGAGGAUGUGCCUUGUGCAGAAGGCAUGAAUUCAGCAGAUCCGGGUUUGGUCCUCGCACUGUUAUGCUUUGUGAUCAGUGUGAGAAAGAAUUCCAUGUUGGGUGCUUAAGAGAGCAUGACAUGGAUGACCUAAAGGAAGUGCCUAAAGGCAAAUGGUUUUGUUGCCAUGACUGCAAGAGAAUUAAUUCUUCUUUGCAGAAGUUGGUUGUUCAUGGAGAAGAGGAGCUUCCAAAUAAUGUGUUGACGACUAUAAAGGAAAAAUAUGGAAGAAAUGGUUCUGCUUGCAGUAAGGAUCCUGAUAUAAAAUGGAGGCUCCUUUGUGGGAGAAGGACUUCUUCUAUUGAAGCGGGAUCAUUGCUUUCUCAGGCUCUAUCCAUAUUUCAUGAACAAUUUGAUCCAAUUGCUGAUGCUGCAGGCCGAGACCUUCUACCUGACAUGGUUCAUGGCAAAAGCACAAGGGAGUGGGAUUUUGGAGGCAUGUACUGUGCCAUAUUAACAAUUAGCUCCCAAGUUGUAUCAGCAGCUGCCUUCCGAAUAUUUGGAAAGGAAGUUGCAGAACUGCCUCUUGUGGCUACACGGAGUGAUUGCCAAGGCCAGGGUUACUUCCAGACCCUGUUCUCUUGCCUUGAGGGGCUGCUUGGUGUUCUCGAGGUGAGGAGUCUUGUGCUUCCUGCUGCUGAAGGAGCAGAGUCCAUAUGGACAAACAAGUUUGGUUUUAACAAGGUGACACAAGAGCAGCGGAACAAUUUCAGAAGAGAUUACCAGAUGAUGACUUUCCAAGGGACAUUGAUGCUGCAGAAGUUGGUUCCUAGGUGACGUAUUGUUGCAAAUUCGAAGAAAAGCUGAAGAUUGGUUCAUUUUGGAAUACCUGAAAAUGGAAUCACCCACAAAAUUUUGAUGUUUUUUUUUUUUGGUACAGAAAUCAAAUUAUCUUUUGUACAGAUAAGAAAGUAACAGAAUUUUGUAGCUUGUAGCCAACAAGAAGGUAGAGAUGUAAGACAGAGAAAGAGAAAGCAUACAAAACCCAAUGAAAGCGGAAGAUAGAAUUGCAUUUUGGCAAAACACUCUGAAUUACUAAAUUUGAUAAGAUUGUUUUUGUGUUUGCAUUUC